AUGGGGAAGAGACAGCAUCAGAAGGAUAAGAUGUACAUCACCUGUGCGGAGUAUACACACUUCUAUGGAGGGAAGAAACCAGAUAUUCCAAAGACAAACUUCAGACGUUUACCUUUUGACCACUGCAGUUUGUCCUUGCAGCCCUUUGAAUAUCCAGUCUGCACACCAGAUGGAACAGUUUUUGAUCUCUUGAGUAUUGUCCCAUGGAUAAAGAGAUAUGGAACUAACCCUAUCACAGGAGAGAAAUUGGAGGCAAAAUCUCUUAUAAAGUUGAACAUUGCCAAGAACCAGGAUGGCAAGUAUCACUGCCCUGUCCUCUUCUCUGUAUUCUCCAAUAACUCACACAUUGUGGCUAUUGGUAACGCCGGAAACGUCUUCUGCUAUGAGGCUGUCGAACAAUUAAACAUUAAGCCGAAGAGCUACAAAGAUCUACUAAGUGAUGAACCCUUUACCCGCCAAGACAUUAUAACUCUACAGGAUCCCACACAGCUGGAUAAAUUCAAUGUCUCAAAUUUCUACCAUGUCAAAAACAACUUAAAAGUCACAGACCCUGAUGAGGAGAAAGCACGUCAAGACCCUCAAUACUACCUGAAAAAUGCCAACAUGGAGACUCGGGAGACACUGAGCGAGCUGUACAAGGAGUUCAAAGGUGAUGAAAUUCUUGCUGCCACUAUGAAGGGCCCUGAGAAGAAGGCAACCGAUAAACUAAAUGCUGCGCAUUAUUCUACAGGAGCUGUCAGUGCAUCUUUCACCUCCACAGCCAUGACUCCUGAAACUACCCAUGAGGCUGCGGCCAUUGCUGAAGACACUGUACGUUACCAGUAUGUGAAGAAGAAGGGCUAUGUUCGCCUGCACACUAACAAAGGAGACCUUAACCUGGAGCUGUACUGUGACAAGAUACCAAAGACCUGUGAGAAUUUUAUCAAGCUCUGCAAAAAAAAUUACUAUGAUGGAACAAUCUUCCACCGGUCUAUUCGAAAUUUUGUGAUACAAGGAGGAGACCCCACAGGCACAGGAACAGGUGGAGAGUCAUAUUGGGGAAAGCCUUUUAAAGAUGAGAUUAAGCCAAACUUGUCUCAUACAGGCAGGGGAGUUCUCAGUAUGGCAAAUUCUGGGCCCAACAGUAACAAGUCUCAAUUCUUCAUUACCUUUCGCUCAUGUACUUAUCUAGACAAUAAACACACAGUUUUUGGACGAGUUGUUGGAGGGUUUGAUACAUUGACUGCAAUGGAAAAUGUUGACACUGAUCCCAAGACUGAUCGACCAAAGGAGGAAAUCCGGAUAGAAAGUGCCACUGUCUUUGUAGAUCCAUAUGAGGAGGCUGAUGCACAGGUAAGUAUCCUUUGCCAAUCACAUAAUAUAUAA